UGAUCCAUAAUUAAGAGACAACAGCCAUCUAUUUACCCACAGAUAGAAGAUGAGAGAAAACAGGGCGAGGUGCCUAUAUGCAUAUUCCCCCAGACUGUAGAAACGGUCCCCUGUGUGAGUACCCGAAACUGUGCUUUCUCAGAAUUAUUUCUUCCGGCCUCUCGAGUGUGUAGGUGUAGGCUACACGUCAAAUAUAAAGAGUGGUCCGCAGCGCCAUGGACUAUAUCUGCAAGAGGCUUUUACGCGUCAAAACAAGAAAGAGAAGAUUACAUAAAACACCCGUGAGACCGAAAUCGUGUUUUGUACCUCAAGUGGAUAAUGCGUUCAUGGAUGGCAUCACUUAUGUGGGUCAUGGCAUUCUUCGCCGUCGGCUCAUCGCUCAAUUCCUUCCCUGAACACAGGCAAGUGGUAAAGAUGGGUGCCACUGUCAUCCUGAAAUGUAGUACCGACUUUAAGGGCCUGAUAAGAUGGACAUAUCCUGACCCUGACGAGGGAGAUUUGGAUGGGGGCAUCCUCUCAGACUUUGACGAUUACAUGACUGGCAAAUACUCCUGUUGGGACGGAGACAGGCUCCUCAACAGUGUGCAUGUCUUCCUAGAAGACACUCCCGACAGUACAACCCCAGAGCUGAGCUGUUUGGCUGAGACCUACGGCUGCUCCUUCAAGUGCUCUUGGGCUGAUCCGCACUACACAGCUGUGAGGCUGAGGAAUCAACGAGACAAUGGUAAAUGGUUAUCCCAGUCUCCUGAGGGAACGUUCAUUGUGUCCCACGUCACUGGCUCUGAGGAGAUGGUGCCACUGAAGGUCACCCUGGAAGCCAUCAAUGAUGAGAGGUACCUGCAGAUCAACAAGACCUUCUACCUGCGCAACAUCAUCCAGCCCUCCCCUCCUAAGGUCCAGUGGCGUAAAGAAGAGGAUGUUUUAGUGGUGGAUGUGAGUCCUGCAGACAACUGGGCCAAACCCACCAGCUACUACCCUCUGGAGUACCAGAUAGAGUACAUCAAGACAGAUAACGGAGAGAGGGUGAAGCAGCUGUGCUGUAAAGGAGAGACAACGGAUUGCUGGAAUAAAGUGAAGUGCCAGGUCCACGUUCGUGUCAGCAAGUUCCGCGUCCGUUCCCGGGACCCUCUGGUUGACUGUGACUGGGAAAGUGGAAAGUGGACAGCCUGGGAAAAUGUAACUUACUGACGCUAGUCUCUCCAUCUUUUCCUCUCUACCUUUUCCUUUGUAUCCCUCUCUCUCUCUCUGUCUGUCUGUCUCUGUCUUCUCUCUCUUUGUCUUCUCUCCAUCUCUCUCUCUCUCUGUCACUCACGCUCUGUCUUCGCCUUCAGGCUCUGCUCAUUCACAUCAAUGUGUAUAUUUUUAUUUAUGUAUGUAUUUAUUUAUUUAUUUAUUGUCACACAGUGCAUCUGUGCUGAUUUAUUUAUGUGUUUAUGUGUUUGUGGAUUUGUGAAUACAUUUUCCACAUUUGGUCCUGUGUUGUCUAUUUGUGUUUCACUCUUUUCUAUUAAAAUCUUCAUUCAUAUGUCUGUUUCUCUAUUGUUUGUCUGUUUGUUUGUUUGUCUGUCUGUCUGUUCAAGUGAUGAUGAUGCUUAUGUUUACAGUGCAUGUCUGUGUGCACAUUUGAAAAUGAGAAUUGGAGGUCCUUUUCUGUAUGGACAGAUGAAACCACAAUGUACUUGAAAAUACUACUUGAGAAGAGAGAGAGAAAGAGA